AUGGCUGAUGAAAAGAGACCAGAACAGGAUAAUAUGGGGUUUGACCCUCCUGAUUUUAGUCGUACCUUUGAAGAAUCACCACGGAUUUCUUAUACCGAAAUACCAAUUAUAUCAGAACCUGAAGAUGAACUCCCGGUUACCCCAGUUCAACCACAAAUAUCAGUAGGUGAUCGAACAAGUAAUAUUGGGUUUUUAGCAAGUGCAAAUUUUUCUACAGAUUCUUUAAAUGAUGCAUCAGGACCACCAAUGGACUACUAUAGUGGUUAUAGCAAUAAUUUCAACAAUAAUUCACCUAGAAGAUAUUCUAAUUCUUCAACUUCGACGACAAACACCACCAACAUGCCUACAUCAAUGUAUCGUACUACUUCUAAUACUCGUUCACGUCCAUUGUCUGCAUUUUUAAUGGACUCUGGGAAUGCAAUUUCAGAAGAUGGUCAACCAGUAGUUCCACUGUUUAAUAAUACCCCAAGAUCAAGAAAUUCAUUUACUUUCAAUGUUAAGACACCAACUGCCACAACAUUUACUCCACCUCAACAAUCUUCAAGUAGUUAUCGUUCUUCUUCACCAACACGACAAACAUCUCCACUGAGAAUCAAUAAACAUUAUCGAUCAGGAUCACCAGUAAGAAGAGGUUCAUCACCUACAAAAGUUGCCAAUCCUUUUAAUUUCAACUCCCAGGAUUUAAUGUUUCAAAAUAAUAAUGGAUCUAGUCAAACUCUACAGGUUAAACCAGCACAUAGAAAAGGUCACAAGUAUAAACAUUCUUCUAUAUCUAUGAAUCUUUUCCAAGAACCUCCACCAAUUAAUCUUGGUGAUGUUCAAUUAGUUGCUAUACCUGAUCUGUAUCCAAUUCCUAAUUAUAAAGAAACAAUUGCAUCAGUUACUCCCAAUCAAAAAUUUAGAUUUCUUUGGUCAAUUUGUCAUUUAGGAUUAUCUAUUGUUAUUUUUGGAUUAGGUUUUAAGUUUAAACUUUCUGCAUUGUCCACAUUGGCACAUUUAGUAUUUUACGAUUCGUUAGGGUCUUUACUUAUUGUAUUUGUGGAUGCUAUGUCAAAUUUCGAAGUUUGGAAUAAAUCAUCAAUUGCAUAUCCAUUUGGAUUGGGAAGACUUGAAGUGUUGGUUGCUUUUGCUUUAAGUACAUCUUUGGUUAUGGUUGGAUUUGAUUUGUUUAGUCAUUUCAUUGAAGAGUUUAUUGUUUUAUGGGUAGCCACAGAUAAUCAUAAUGAUCAUGAACAUCUGUCACAUCAUGUUCAUGCUGAACCUGGAAGUGACGAAGGAAAUUGGUUUGCAUAUAUGGGAAUACUUGUUGUCACAAUGAUUGUUUCAUUAAUUUCAUCCAAUUAUAUUUUAACGUAUGAUAGAAUUAGUGAGAUGAUGAAUAAUCAAGAAAACAAUGUAUUCAACAAUAGUUUAUAUCCUAGUAACAGUAACAGAGGAAAUGAAAAGAACACCUCACAACAAAAACAAAAGUUGAAGCAAGUUAUUGAUGUUUGGAAAAAGAAUCCUACUCAUUUGAUUACUUUGACUUAUACAUUGUUUUUGAUUAUAUCACCACUUGUACCACAAAGUUUAACAUCUGAAUUGGCUAUUGAUAUUAAUGAAUUUGCUACAAUUACAGUUGCUUUACUACUUUGUUAUAAUGGUUGGAAAUUGGUUAAAUUAUUGGGUGGUAUAUUGUUGUGUUCAUUCCCAUAUUCCGAUUAUGAUUAUAAUGUUGUUAGGGCAAACAUUACUGAUCAAAUAUUACUGAAGGAUUUCUUCAAACAAAGUUAUAAAAUUGAAAAAUUUUUCAUUACAAAAUUCAAUUAUAAAUUGUUUGUUGUUGGUAUGAAGAUUGAAAUGAAGGGAGCCAAUUCAGAUGAAGAAGUCCGUAUGAGAUUUGAAGUCAACAGAAUUAUUCGUAGAGAAUUAGAACAAUUGGAAGGAUCAAACAAUCAUUUAACUGCUGAAACUACAAUUGAUAUAGAUAGAUUUUGA